GCCUUUCUCGUCCGCGACCCACCCCCCUCUCUCCCCCCCUUCACCCAUCACCCCUCGCUCCCCUCGACACUCAUCGUCGUAUCCCAGAUAUCGAAACCCUAGAAACCCCUCUCCCUCCGAGCUUCAUUGCCCCGAUUCACCUCCGAUACGAAUCCCUCUUUCUCUCUCUCUGUCCGAUCGCUUCUUCGUCCUCUUCGCUCCGCGAAUCCGUCUCGUUCACCAUUGAUUGAGGAGAGAUGGCGAGCAACGUCUCCAAUGUCUACAUACACGUCAUUGACGACGUGAUCAGUAAGGUGCGCGACGAGUUCGUCAGCUACGGCUCCGGUGAAGCGGUUUUGAACGAGCUUCAAGCGUUGUGGGAGAUGAAGAUGAUGCAGUGCGGAGCAAUCAAUGGGCCGAUCGAGAGGUCGUCCAUCCCGAAGCCCACCGGCCCCAAUCCGGUCCACGAUCUCAAUGUGCCGUAUGAGGCACCGGCCGAGGAGUAUGAAACCCCUACAGCUGAAAUGCUCUUUCCACCGACUCCAUUGCAAACCCCCAUACAAACCCCAUUACCCGGAACAAUGGAUCAGGGAAUGUAUAAUAUUCCAACAGGCCCCUCGGAUUAUUCUCCUUCUCCAAUUACUGAAAUCAGAAACAGUGUUGACCUGAAAGGUGGAAGGCCUAGUCCCUACAUGCAACCACCUUCUCCCUGGUCGAAUCCAAGACCCCUGGGCGUUGAUGUUAAUGUGGCUUAUGUGGAAGGGCGCGAUGAGGUGGAUAAAGGAGCUCCCCACCAAAACACUACCCAGGACUUUUUUACGAUGUCCUCUGGGAAACGCAAAAGGGAUGAUUAUCCUUCUACUUUAACUUCUGGUGGUUAUAUGCCACAGCAAGAUGGAAGCGGAGAUCUUGCGAGUGAUCUCCUUCUGCCAAAGGUAGAUCAAGUUCGAAGUUCAUCCAUGAUAUGCAAAGUAACUGUAAUUAAAAAGCUGCCCACUGAGGGAUCAGGGGAAAUUCAAGCGCUUCCCCAGCAAGAUGGCAUCAAUGACGAUUAUGAUGAUUUGUUUCCUUUCCAAGGAGUCCCUGCUGAAGACUACAAUACUCCUACAGACCAUGUGGAACUUCGUUCUCCUGCUCCACCUGUUGGUACACCAAUGCAAAAUAGAAAUGAAGAAGGGGAGGAUGAUGAACCUCCUCUUAAUGAAGAUGAUGAUGACGAUGAUGAUUUGGAAGACCUUGAGCAAGGGGAGGAGGAGCCUAAUACACAGCACUUAGUUCUAGCACAAUUUGACAAGGUGACACGGACAAAGAACCGAUGGAAAUGCACUUUAAAGGACGGAAUAAUGCAGAUAAAUAGCAGGGAUAUCCUAUUCAAUAAGGCUACUGGAGAGUUUGAGUUCUGAAGUUGUUUUUGGAAGCUCUUCUAGAAGAUGGAGAGUUCUUAACUUGGCUGAGUCAAGGAUUAUGCUAAGUUGGCUUCACUGGAUGAACUGCUAGUUUUGUUUGUUGCUGUAAAGAUGCUUAAUUCAUUCAGCUUUGUAAAUCUGAGUUUUAUUAUUCCUCCCAACACAGAAAGCAGCUAUUUUGCUAGCUUCGCUUCUCUUUUUGGUAUCUGCUGAGAAAUGACUGCUUCACUAUAUUAUGUUGAUUUUGUCACUUGUCAGGAGUAAAGGUACUCCAGAGAGAUUUGGGCCCAAAUCCUCCCUUCGCAAAAUCGAUAUUCGGACUUUCUAAAUUGAUGAUCAAA